AUGCUUGCAUUUCCAUGGAAGCAGCUCACACACUUCUUGCAGGGCCCCAUUGCCACUAUGAACGAGGGUCUUCGUGUCCUAGCGAUCUGUCCUCAUCUCAAAUCCCUGGAGCUGACGCUCUUUCUUCCCAUGUUUCCCAUCGACGACGACGACGAUCCAUUUGUCCACAACACUUUAGAACGCCUACAUCUACGUACUGCAGGUAACCUGGCAGUCCUUUUCGACAAAGUCACUCUACCAGCUCUGAAGGAUCUAUCGCUCUCCGAAUUACAUGGAGCCUCACCCAACCCCCCUGUACAGCUUGGCCGGUGGCCACAAUCCCAGUUCCUUCCAUUCCUCCUACGUUCAGGUUGCACCAUCAAGCAAUUCAUCAUUCAGGAGUGGGAUAUUUCAGCAGAAGAGAUAGCGGAGUGCCUCGUACAUCUGCAGAUAUCGAAGUCAUUGGAUUCGUUGUCUAUCACGGAAUAUCACCAAAAGCAUCUGUGCAUGACGGAUGAGGUUCUUAGGCGGUUGACGUAUACCCCAUCAGUUAUCUCGUCAAAAAACGUUCUGUGUCAUGGGGAUGACCAGCUGGCCGAGGACACCCCAUUGGAGACUAUCUGUCCAAAUCUCACGACCAUCAGGAUGUGGGGAUGCAUUUCUGCCCAGGAUGGAAAGGUCGCAGAUAUGGUAGAGUCGAGAUGGUUAUCCAGGACCGAAGGUUGCCCCAUCGUGCAACUCAGGACGGCGGCAAUAGGGGUUUUCGCUGACGCAUGUCAUACGGAGGAUUGGACUCGGUUGGAGGCGCUGAACGUAGACAGGUCCGGGAUCACACAUGUUCGACUGUGA